CAAAGUGACAGGAAAGAAAACAGAGCCGUCAAAGCGUAAUGGUCGUCGUGUUUGGCUUUGGCGAAUUAAUUUAAUUUGGUGUUUUUUGCAAAUAUCGUCCAUUAAAUUAAAAUUUUCCGAAUGCAAUGAAUGAACUUGAGUUUUGUCGAUAUUGAAGAGUGUUCUCGUGGUCAAAUUACAGUCCUCGAUUGUGUUAAAACCCCCGUGUCCUCAUGUAAAAUAUUAUAAAAGAUGAAACCUUACAGAAGUGAUUGUGGUGCUUGUUUCUUUUUGUGAGUAGAGUCGUGGAUAUUUUUGUGAAGUAAGACAUGGAAAACAGCAUGGAUAAAGAGUCGGGUCUCGGUGGCCUGUUCCAACAAAUUAUUAUGGAUAUGAAGAAUGGAAUGCCAUUGUGGGAAGACCUGAUUGCCAAAGCGACAAAACUUCAUUCAUCUCUAAAGGCUACUAUUUUAGCAGUAACAGCAUAUUUGGAAGCAUUUCAGAAAAUUGCCGACUCCGCUACAAAUACAAGAGGUGCGACAAGAGAUAUUGGUACGGCCCUGACCAGGAUCUGCUUACGUCACAAAGCAGUGGAAAACCGGAUGAAACAGUUUACCGGUGUGAUAAUGGAAUGUUUGAUCAUACCACUUCAAGAGAAAUUCGAAGAGUGGCGGAAGACUGUUUUGAAUUUAGACAAGGAACAUGCGAGAGACUACAAACGUGCCCGGGCGGAACUAAAGAAACGCUCUACAGACACCCUAAGACUGCAGAAGAAGAUGCGCAAAGGAGCUGGUGGUGAUGUGCAGAAAAGAUUCGAGUGCGGCCUCCAGGACGUCAACGAGCGCAGGCAACUGCUGGAAGAAACUGAAAAACAUGCCGUUAGAGCCGCCUUGAUUGAGGAAAGGGGCCGGUUUUGUACCUUCGUCGCCUUGUUAAAACCCGUGGUGGAUGAAGAGGUGGCUAUGCUAUCGGAAAUGGGUCACUUACAAGAAGCCGUGCAGCAGCUAGAGAAACAUAGCCAGGAUCCAAAUACACUUCCACCGGCAUCAGAGCAGGUGAUAGCAGAUUUAAAAUCGUCGGAUAGCGGUUGGUCCUUUCAAACUCCGCCCUCCUCCCCUUCCAGCUUGGGCUCCAGAAAAUCGUCGAUGUGCUCAAUCAGCUCCUUGAAUUCCUCUUCCUCAGGGAGUUCGAAGAGCCAUCACUCCCCCAGCCAUCCUCACUGGCAAAGGAGUUUGUCUCAGCCUGUAGGUAAACGCGUAAUGUCAGUGUCCAGUCGAGACUCUGGUUUUACAUCUCAGGACACGUUGUUUCUUAGGCCCGCAUCUUCGUCUUUUAGCGUUGCACAGGUUUCAAAUAUGUCAGAGCACAGUAAUAACAGCAGCAGUUCGAGCACACCAUGUACACCGUUUCCUGCCACUGCUAUUCCGACUACUACCGCCACCUGGCCGAAUUUACAGGAGACUAUGCAGUUUGAGCGUGCAGCUUCUGCCAUAAUCGGUGACAGGCCUCAUACAAUAUCAUCUGCAUAUGAAAAAGGUCAUUCCAGGCCUCCCUUGACGGUUUACACAUUCCAAGCGCCUGAGCAAAGUUUAUCGCAACCGGCCAGCCCGGUCACGACUGUCACUCCGACCGGGGAGACCCAGAAGAGUGUGAUUCCGCCGAAAAGUCCAUCUCUGUCCAUGAAGAAUUUGUCCAAGCCGCCAUUGCCAACACGUUGCUCUUCCCUGGAACGUCCCUCAGCGCCCGCCGGCGGCGUCCCCGCGAAAACCAUGCCCAACAUCCAAGGAGUCAGGGUAUUACCACCGGGGGCAACAGAACUACUCGCGGCGGCCGCACUAAGAAAAGCACCCCCUAGCGCUUUGCCCGCUCACUUGGCCGCUAACAAAACAGUUCCACCGCAACAACCGACAUAUGUUAACAUGCACGAGUUGGCAAAUAUGGCGGCUGAUAAGGCGCAACAGCAGCAACAAAAUCCAGGGGGGCAAAAUCAGGCGUUCCCGCCGCCCCCUGCCGAGUUUAUUAGUCCUCCCGAAAAGCCCGAGGGGCCGGAAAAGGAGAGCAGCACCAGCGAAAGUUCCUUAGAAUCUUCUAGUGGUUACGGUAGUCAAACCACCUUUAACACUGAAGAUCACCAUAAUUCACAUAUCGACGAUGUAACAAACUCGAAUAAAGCAGCGAGCAAAUAUUGCACCUUACCGAGAAACAACGAAUCUAUAGACUGCCAGAAACGUAGGCCUCUAUCUAUGACAGCAAUGAACCACUUUGGUACCCUCCGUAACACCCUUCUACGCAGGGGUAGCAUGCAAACCAAUAAACCUCCACCUCCCAUUAGGAGGACCUCAUCCAUAACCAACACCUCAUCCUGCAUGGGAAGUUUGGAAAAUUUGCCUCCGCCGCCGGCGUUUUUGUUAGAACCACAACAAGAUCAAGGGCAAAAUCCGCCAAAUCCUGGUAUAAAAGUAGCCGAAACUGUGAGAGCUCUAACCGAACUGAAACACACUCCGGCCAGUCCGAACUCCAUUAGACGAAUGGCCGGAAUCUCUGGAUCUGCUCAAAAUAUCUUCCAAUCGGUCCAACAAAACGAGCGUCCAACUAGUUUUCAGUCGGCAUCCAGUCCGGGGUCCGGAUUAACCACUUUCCAAAGUCAAACUAAAGUUUCCUAUCUCUCUCAGUCGGGUGGUGUUGUCUAUGCGCAACCUUCACAAGUGGUCGGAGGUAGUCCGAACGCAGUGAGAAGGAUAACAAGUUUUAGGUCGCAAAGUGCCGAUAGAAAGCCUGAAGGUCCUGGUAAGGUCGGUUCCAACUUCAUUGCCUCCCUAAACGCAAAACUCGCCCCGAACCUCAGCCCGAGGGCAUCCAGACGGAGCUCGGAAGAGCCCGCGGUUAAACCCCAACAGCCUCAAAGAGGUCCCGGCCAGAGUUUCCUAGACUCCUUAAACGCGAAAUUGGCACAGCAGCAUCUGGGUGGAAACGUCGUUCAACCUGUCGUCGGGUUAAAAGCGAAUAAAAUUCGACAGUUGAUUAAUAGCAAAGCACAGCCGGACCCGAAAGUCUGCCACGAGUCACUGAUGGACCAGAUCAAACGAGGGGCGACUCUAAAACGAGCGAAAAUUAUUAACGAUCGCUCCGCCCCCAAGAUUCACUAAUAUUUUUUUGUAUGUUGUUAAUUGUUAUGUAUUUAUUUCUAAGGUAAAAAAAAAGUGGUAGUUUAUAGCGAUUUGUGAACUGUAUUAAAGGGAUUUUUAUAUACGUAACGUUAGACUGCAAAAAAGACGCAUACAAGGUUGCUAGAAUUGAUAACACUUUAGCAUCCUUGGUCGCUCGGUAUUAAACAUUUAAUUCCACAGUCAAUACGAAUAAUUCGACCCAAAAUAACGUCAAGAAUUUCUUCCCCUUAUUAUUUCCAUUAAUCCCUUAUCUAAUCCAAAGCGUUAUCAAUAUAGUUGCGCGUAGUAAAUAUUAUCGAUGUCUUCUAUAUACAAAGAAAUAUCUAAUUAUUAACGUCCAUUUUUUUGAUACGUACUCUGGCGACUGAAUUAUUUUUGUAUUUCGCGUAUAUAGGACAGCCUCACAUUUUUAUAGUAUUAUAAUUAUACAGGACUGAUAUAUUGUGUACUGUUGAGAUGAUUCUAGUUGAAAUAAGUAUAGUCGCUCUUCUUCGUUUUGGCCGGAGUUGAUAAAUAACGUUUUAAAAAUUGACGAUGAAGUGACUUGUGCUUUUAGAUUCACCAAAUCAAGUGACGUUGCUUUCAUAGAAAGCGACAUAAAUAUCAUUUUGAUCAUACUUAGAGCACAUCGCCUUAUAGAAUUAAGAAAACUGUAAUUUUUUCUUCUUCAUAUUUUGUCAGAACUUUGAGAUCAAUAAAUACAGUGUUGUGCAAAAAGAUUAAAAAUUUAAAUUUUUAAUUUUCUGAUUUAUGAGUAGAUAGGAUUUUGUAUAUAAUUCAAAAUAAUAUUGUUUGUUUGGUUAUAUUUACGUUUUAUAAUUGAAUCGGUGAGUUCGAAAACCAUACAUGUCCAAAAUCCGCGUUUCGAGAAAAUCAAUAAAAACCUUUUAAAGCUAAAACUACUUAGCAUAGACUAUCGGCAUGCAUAGAAAAGUUGUAGAUCUCAUGGUUGGCAAUGUGUUUUUAAGGGUAGUUUUUCAGAAAAAAAAAAGAACUACCAAUGACAGAUCAAAAGGGGGGGACGGACUUGUACGGUUUUUGAACUCAAUUCUGUAUAUAAAAAGAUAUAGGUAAACAUUUAUUGAUUUUUUAUAUAUUUAUUCAAUACAGAGGAAAAAUACAACUUGAAAACUAAUAUCUCAAUCAUUUUAAUCAUCAUUUUCAGCGUUUGUAGUUUUCCAUGAAGUGAUGUGGUAAUAAAAUUCCAAUGCUUCACCUUGGGUAUAAGUCAUUACCUUCUUGAUGUCCAGAAUUUUUUUUCAUUAAUCGGAACGAGCUCUUUAUAUGCCUUAUUAUUGGGCAGAGGUGGGCUGUUCUUAUGUUCUUUGAGCAAUUUAAAAGUUUGGGAGUGUAAACCAUCUAUAUAUUCCCGCGUUUUAACAUAUCCUGGUAAUAUAACCAUAUAACAUAUUUGAACUUUCAUACAGGAACUGCCUAUAGUUUGACACAGCAAACGUUUCCUUCUUAGCACCGGUACCUUGAGUACUACAUGUUUUUUUAUAGUAAUCAGGCCACCAGUUUUUAAAAUUAGUAAUAUCAGUGUAUCGGAUCUGCUUCACAGUAAAUGGCUGCUUGUUCCCGGAAGUCAAUAUUAAGUCCUCAUAUUCUUCUGGAGUGUAAAUUCGAUAAUGUUUUUUAAAAUGCCGUUUUGCACAGCCAAAAUCCCAGUCACACGGCAAAAACGGAUGGCCUCUUACUGGAAAAUAAUGAUAAAUUUUGUUAAAUCUCUUGGUUGCUUGUAAUGCUAAGAGGAAACGACCAUUGUUUGGUUUCGGUUCUGCCCUGCACAUCCAUCGGAAAAUAAAUGCAGUUCAGUGAUUUCAGGGGGUAUAUGUAAUCAUUAAGAAAUGUACACACUUCAUUAGGUCGUUUUUGACCUUGACCUUGAUAGUAAGUAUAAAAAUGGCCAGUAUUAUCCUUAAGGUUUUGUUGUAUUUGGAAUGCGAAUACCCAGAGCUGCCUAAAAUAAAAUAUUUCCUGGACCGGAAUAUGCGGGAGUGGCAUGUUUUGCAUAUAAUCAAAAGCUAGUCCCAUCACUUCUGGUCGUUCAGUACAAAGAGUUUGCACUUCUUUAAUUUUGUUAUAAAACUUUUUCGCCCGCCUUUUAUGAACUAUUAGUUCAGCUGCAACCACUCUCUUUGCGUUAUCGUUAAGGUUAACAUCUUUAAGCCUCGUUCCAUGUCUUUCGCAUUCCGAACAUACAUCAACCUGGGGUCUUCCGAACUUCAAAUUGAAGUUUUCGUUGAAAUACUUUAAAUAGAAUUCGUAUUUAACUAAGUUUUCCAACUCUGGAUAUUUUUCGACAAAAAGGCUAUGCAUUUUCUUUACAGUUAAAGAUGCAUCUAAAUAACGGACGGUUUUGGAGGAAUAAUGUGAAACUUUGACCGGAAACGCCUGAAUGUGCUCUUUAAUUUUUUGAGUCCAUUCAUCGCAUAAUGUACGAGGUCUAUUAUGAUGCCUACCUCUAAUAUCGUUUGGUGAUUUACUUGCCAACAGUAGGGUGUUCAGGCGCUGAACUUGCCAGUGCGAUAUGGCAUGAAGACUUAUAAAUGCCUGUUUGCAUACGGAAAUUCUAUUUGAGCCUUUUAAGACAAAGUACGAAAGGUUUGAUUUUCUUUCUUGUUUGUUUUCCGCACUUCUCACGCGAUUUCUUUCGAUUUGUUUAGCUUUCAUUAGUCCUUGUUCAUUUUUUGUGGUACGGCUGAGUAGAUUAGUUAACACACUUUUUCUUUCUUCCUCAGUAAACUGUUCCAUGUAUUUCUUUGUACAACUAAAAAAUAAAACAGCUAUUUUGAUUUAAACCCAACUUGUUGCUAAAAUUUACUAGCCUGACUUAUCCCU